CUUUUUUCUUUUUCCUUGCAUCACCCCACAUUUCCCUCUUCUUCUUCUCUUUAUUCUUCAUCUUCAUCAUCUUCUACGCCCUUUUUCUGUGUUUGUUCUUCUCCUAGUUUUCUGAUCUCUCUCUCCCACCAUGGCUGCCGAGAAAGAGAGAGACACACAGGUUUACUUGGCCAAACUUGCCGAGCAGGCCGAGAGAUACGAAGAAAUGGUUGAGUGUAUGAAGACAGUUGCAAAACUUGAUCUUGAUCUAACUGUGGAAGAAAGGAACCUGCUCUCAGUGGGAUACAAAAAUGUCAUUGGUGCACGAAGGGCCUCCUGGCGUAUCAUGUCCUCAAUUGAGCAGAAGGAAGAGGCUAAGGGUAAUGAGCACAAUGUCAAACUGAUCAAGGGCUACCGCCAAAAAGUUGAGGAGGAACUCUCCAAAAUUUGUGGUGAUAUUCUGACUAUUAUAGACAAACACCUGGUUCCUUCUUCUGGAUCAGCAGAAGCUAGUGUUUUCUACUAUAAGAUGAAAGGUGAUUAUUUCCGGUACCUUGCUGAGUUCAAGACUGACCAAGAAAGAAAAGAUGCAGCUGAGCAGUCACUGAAAGGAUAUGAGGCUGCUUCAGCCACUGCAAACACAGAUCUUCCAUCAACACAUCCAAUUCGUCUUGGACUUGCCCUCAAUUUUUCUGUCUUUUACUAUGAGAUAAUGAACUCUCCUGAAAGGGCCUGCCAUUUGGCUAAACAAGCUUUUGAUGAGGCAAUUGCGGAAUUGGACACCCUGAGUGAAGAGUCAUACAAGGACAGCACCUUGAUCAUGCAGCUGUUGAGAGACAACCUGACACUCUGGACCUCUGAUUUGCCAGAGGAUGGAGGUGAGGACAACAUAAAAACUGAAGAAGUCAAACCUACCGAGCCUGAGCAUUGAUCAUGAUUGGGUAGUCAGAUGUCUAAGGUGUCAACAAGGGCGUUUUUUCAGCUUUUCUUGCAAUGGAUUGGGACCAGACAACAGGGCCAUUUUCUCCAUUACCAAAGCCAGAAGAUCUGUGCCUUUCAUUUAUUUACUUCAAACCUUUUCUUUUUGUUGUCUUAUCUGUUUUAAGUAAAGUGAUCAGUUGAAGCAAAUGAACAAUUUAAAUUUACCCUUAUUAGCAUCUCACUCCUUCCUUCA